AUGUGUGUGUAUACGUAUGUAUUUUGGUGCUUAAGAACCCAUCUAAGGUCAGAUGGUUGGGCCGCCAAAUGCCUGGCCGGCGCCGGGCUUGGCCUGGUGGCGGCAGCGGGUCUUCGCGCGUACCUCACACGGAGGCCCAAGGGCUAUCGCCGACCAAAGUGGCGUGCGCUUCCUGAGGGCGAUCUCUUGCAGCAAGGCUUCAAGAUGAGCCGAGUCCCAGAGGACUUGGAUUUCAUCGUCAUUGGAAGUGGCAUGGGCGGCCUCUGGUUGUCAGCUGCGCUCACGAAGUGUGGCUACAAAGUCUUGGUCCUUGAGCAGCACUACAUCGCUGGGGGAUGCUGCCAUGCCUUCAGUCAGAAUGGUGUGGAGUUCACACCAGGCAUUCAUUACAUUGGAGACAUCGACAUGGCGAAAGGAUUGCUGGGAGCGGUAGGUGAUCCUGAGUUCAAGGUGGACUGGCAUCAGUUAGGAAGUUCGGAAGAUGGAGGUCUCUACGACAAGGCCUUGUUUGGUGAUCGAGAGCCUAUCCUCCUGCGCCAGGGACGCGAUGCAUGGUAUGCCGAGAUGUGCAAACACAUGCCCGGCAAGGAGAAGCUGUUGAAAGGCUGGUUGGCUGCGCUUGACGAGGCCAAGAAGGCCUUCAUGCCGCUGUUCUUCGCCAAAGCAUGGCAGCCCUGCACCCAGUGGUGCUGGCUGCGGCUUUGCUGCCGCCCUGGGCUGAAGUGGGCGGGGAAGACGGUGCACCAGGUCAUUGAGGAACUGGGUGGCGACGAAGUGAACGAGGCGCUUCUUACCUUCCAAUGCAUGGACCAUGGGGAGACUCCAAGGACGGCUUCCUUCCCUGUGCACGCCAUGAUUGUGUCGCACUACAUGAACGGCGCCUGGUUUCCCAAGGGCGGCCCUCUAUCCUUGGCCCGGCCACUGGUCUCGACCAUCUUCAAGGGUGGCGGGGCGGUCCUGGUGCGUGCGCCAGUGCAGCAGAUUCAGGUGACCCAGGGACGCGCUACUGGCGUCCGCAUGAAGAAGAAGGAUGCAGUGCUGAGCUGUCGCAAGGGAGUGGUCUCUGCUGCCGGAUUGGAUGCGACCAUUCACCGCCUGCUGAGUCGCGAGGACGUGGAGCAGUACUUGAGUGAAGAGCGCGACUUCAUGCAUUCCUUGGGGCAAGGGACCUCAUGCCUCUCAGCCUUUGUCACAGUGAAGGGUGAUGCAAAGGACUUGGGCCUCUCUGACCACAACGUGUGGUUCUUCCCCAAGCCUCCUAGUGCGGGCUAUUCGCUGGAUGAUAUCACCGCAGAGAGCCGUGCCAAUGCGGCACGGCUCAAUACUACCGAAGGCAACUUCUUUUGCUUCAUCGGUGCUGGAUCGCUCAAGGAUCCUGAGUGCAUGGAGCUGCACCCAGACACCAUUGCUUUGGAGAUGAUCACCGACGCAGAGGCCGAACCCUUCUUGGCGUUGAGCGAUGUGGAAAGUCAUCGGCGCACAGCAGAAUACAAGGGACACAAGAAGCAGCUGGAGGAGCGCUUCCGUCAGAUCCUGCUGGCAGUGUAUCCGAAACUGGAGGAUCACAUCUUGAGCAUCGAUGUCUCCACACCUCUCUCCGUGGAUUUCUAUCUCAAGCGCACGGCCAUCUAUGGCUUGCCGCAUACGCCAGAAAGGAUAACCAGCCCCUUGCCUCGGGUCGUGACCAAGAUCCAGGAUUUCUACCUCAGCGGCCAAGACGUGACCACAGGGGGCUGGUUGCCUGCAGUGAUGUCUGGAGCACUAGCUGCGAGUCAGAUCUUGGGCUACAAUCCCUUGGAUUUGAUGUGCGGGCGCACCGUCAUUGGUGGCAUGUACAAGGUAGAAGGGCCACCUUCGAACACGUCCCUCUGA